CAUUAUGGAUCCAAGUCUACUGAGAGAACGGGAACUAUUCAAAAAAAGAGCCCUUUCCACUCCUGUAGUAGAAAAACGUUCAGUACCUUCUGAGUCAUCAUUGUCAUCAUCCUCAUCAUCAUCGAAGAAGAAGAAAGCAAAGGUAGAACAUGGAGGAUCAUCAGGGUCUAAACAAAAUUCUGAUCAUAGCAACGGAUCAUUUAACUUCAAAGCUCUAUCAGGAAGCUCUGGAUAUAAGUUUGGAGUUCUUGCUAAGAUUGUGAAUUACAUGAAAACUCGUCAUCAGCGAGGAGAUACACAUCCUCUAACUUUGGAAGAAAUUUUGGAUGAAACCCAGCAUUUAGAUAUUGGACUCAAGCAGAAGCAAUGGCUAAUGACUGAGGCAUUAGUCAACAAUCCAAAAAUUGAAGUGAUAGAUGGGAAGUAUGCAUUCAAACCCAAGUACGACUUGAAAGAUAAGAGGGCCCUACUUAGGCUAUUAGAUCAGCAUGACCAGCGAGGAUUAGGAGGAAUUCUUUUAGAAGACAUAGAAGAAGGACUGCCCAAUUCCCAGAAAGCCGUCAAGGCAUUGGGGGACCAGAUACUGUUCGUAAACCGACCUGAUAAGAAGAAAAUACUUUUCUUCAAUGAUAAGAGCUGUCAAUUUUCUGUGGAUGAAGAAUUCCAGAAACUGUGGAGGAGUGUUACUGUGGAUUCGAUGGAUGAGGAGAAAAUUGAAGAAUAUCUCAAGCGACAGGGUAUUUCUUCCAUGCAGGAGUCUGGACCAAAGAAAGUGGCCCCUAUUCAGAGAAGGAAAAAGCCUGCUUCACAGAAAAAGCGACGGUUUAAGACUCAUAACGAACACAUGGCUGGAGUGCUGAAGGAUUACUCGGACAUUACUCCUAGCAAAUAGGAACACUUUGUCUUUGAACAAAGAGUUACACACAAUCAAGACCGUUCUUGUUGAUGCUCACAUCGGAAGACUUGCCAUUCUGCUGCUGAGGACUGAGGCAAGGAGCAGCUCAGUUUGUAGAACAAGCAUAAGUUACCAAACUCGAGCUUAUUUUCAUCAAAUAGGCUAACGAGAGCUGUGAUACUCCCUGUUAACCUUCUGUUCUUCCUUGGGAGAAAGGGAUUUAGCAUGGCAUGCAGGUGUCUUUGCUAUUUAUCUCUGUUUCUAAAUGGUUCCUGGUUCCCUUUUCCCUCUUACUACUUUAGAACAAGUUGGCAGAUAGUCUUGGAUGCAAUAUUUGUUUAUUCCAAAAGAACAUAUUUAUAAUAAAAUCAUCGUAGAAGGAUUUUUAAGAA